AUGAGUGUUAGAAAAUUUAAACAUUGUAUGCUUGGAGAAUUAGGUGUUGGAAAAACCAGUAUUGUUUUAAGAUAUGUUGAAGGUAUAUUUGAUCCAUCUUGUAAAUCUACUUUAGGUGUAAAUUUCCUUACGAAAACUUGUAAAGUCAAAGGUAAAAAAAUUGAUUUAAAUAUUUGGGAUACUGCAGGUUCAGAAAGAUUUAGAUCUAUGGUUUCAAUGUAUUAUAGAGGAGUUUCAUCAUGUAUGAUUGUUUAUGAUAUUACUAACAGACAAUCAUUUGAAGGUGUUGAAAGUUGGUAUAACCAAAUAAAAUCAGAACAAGACUGUGAAAAUAUCCUCAUUGAAAUUGUUGGAACAAAAAGUGAUUUAUCAACUCAAAGAGUAGUUAAAACUAUUGAAGGUGAAAAUCUUGCAACAAAAUUUGGUUGUUUAUUUGCUGAAGUUACAUCAGUUGAAGGAGAUAGUGUUGAUAAGGCUUUUAAUAAUAUACUUGAUAAAGUUGAUAUUUCUCAAUUCCAUUGUUCUACUGAUGAAGCUAUUCCUGUUGUUGAAGAUACUCAUAAUUGUUGUUAA